AUGUCCUCCCACCCCGAACUCGAGAAGGACCCGUUCUAUCUGAGAUACUAUACAGGACACCAGGGACAGCACGGGCACGAAUUCCUUGAAUUCGAAUACCAACAUGGUCUAAUCAGAUAUGCCAACAACUCAAACUACCGGAAUGACAACUUGAUCAGAAAAGAGAUGCAUGUCUCACCAGCAGUGGUGGAUGAACUGAAGCGGAUCAUCCAAGAGAGCGAGAUUGUCAAGGAGGAUGACAAGGCGUGGCCAAAGAAGAACGUCGGGGGACGGCAAGAGCUGGAAGUGCGGAUAGAGCGAGAUCAUAUCUCUUUCGAGACCGCAAAGAUUGGAAGUCUGGCAGACGUGAAUGAGAGUCAAGAUGCGGAUGGGCUGAGAGUGUUCUACUAUCUGGUGCAGGAUCUCAAGUGCUUCAUCUUCUCCCUGAUUACGCUUCACUUCAAGAUCAAGCCGAUCCAAAUAUAA